UUUAAAGCCGCCACAUGCAGCCCAGCGGCGGCCACAAUCACAGCUCCCGGCAGAGGAGGAGCCAGGUCCGGGCUUGCCCGGGCAAUCAGUGCUGACUGCGCUCGCCUUUCUCUCUCCCCCCCCCCUUCCCAUCUCUUGGAGCUUCAACUUUUAUAGCCGCCGUGGCCGUAGCUAAAGCACCGGGGGAAUCGCUGCAAACAUGGCUGGGGCAAUUAUCGAGAACAUGAGCACCAGAAAGCUCUGCAUUGUCGGCGCGAUCUUGCUGGUCUUCCAAGUCGUCGCCUUUUUGGUGGGAGGGCUGACCGCUCCAAGUCCUACCACAGCUGUGCCCUAUGUGGCAAUCAAGUGCAUAGACAUGCGGAAAAACCACCACAAGACCAAAUGGUUUAUGCCCUGGGGACCUAACCAAUGUGAAAAAAUCAGAGACCUGGAUGAAGCUAUGAGCAGGCAAAUUGAAGCCAAUGACAUUGUAUUUUCGGUCCAUAUGCCUCUCCCCAACAAGGAGAUGAGCCCUUGGUUCCAGUUUAUGCUCUACAUGUUACAGAUGGACAUUGCCUUCAAGACAGACAAUCAGAUUAAAGAAAAUGCAGAGGUUACACUUGAUGUGUCUUUGGCAUACCGUGAUGAUAUGACCAGUCCAUGGGAAGAAAUGGCACAGGCAGUGGAGACAAGGAAGCUCAAAUGUACUUUUGGAGCUCUAAAAAUUCCAGAGCAUGAAGGCAGGUUCUAUGAUUGUGAUGUACUUCCAUUCAUGGAGAUUGGAACCGUUGCUCACAAAUUCUACCUUGUCAACAUUCGUCUCCCUGUGAACGAAAAGAAAGGCAUCAACGUGGGAAUUGGCGAAAUAAAAGAUCUCCGUCUUGUGGGUAUCCAUCAAAAUGGAGGCUUUACAAAGGUGUGGUUUGCAAUGAAAACCUUCCUUACACCCAGUAUUUUCAUUAUAAUGAUUUGGUACUGGAGACGGAUCACAAUGAUGUCACGGCCACCGGUUCUCCUGGAAAAAGUUAUCUUUGCUCUUGGGAUCUCCAUGACCUUCAUAAACAUCCCAGUAGAAUGGUUUUCAAUUGGAUUUGAUUGGACGUGGAUGCUGCUUUUUGGAGACAUUCGUCAAGGCAUCUUCUAUGCGAUGCUUCUGUCCUUUUGGAUCAUCUUCUGUGGAGAGCAUAUGAUGGAUCAAAACGAACGAAAUCGCUUCUCGGCAUACUGGAAACAAGUAGGACCAAUUGCAGUGGGCUCUUUCUGCCUCUUUGUCUUUGACAUGUGUGAGAGAGGAAUACAAUUAAAAAAUCCGUUCUACAGUAUCUGGACUACAGAUGUUGGCACAGAGCUGGCUAUGGCAUUUAUUAUUGUUGCUGGAAUCUGCCUCUGUCUCUACUUCUUGUUCCUGUGUUUUAUGGUGUUUCAAGUAUUCAGAAACAUCAGUGGCAAACAAUCCAGCCUCCCAGCAAUGAGCAAAGCUCGUAGGCUUCAUUAUGAGGGAUUGAUUUUUAGAUUCAAGUUUUUGAUGUUGAUCACAUUGGCGUGUGCUGGUAUGACAGUCGUAUUUUUCAUUGUCAGUCAGGUGACAGAAGGACAUUGGAAAUGGGGCGAAUUCACCGUUCAAGUGAACAGUGCCUUUUUCACAGGAAUUUAUGGGAUGUGGAAUCUUUAUGUCUUUGCUCUGAUGUUCCUGUAUGCGCCUUCACACAAAAACUAUGGUGAAGAUCAAUCAAAUGGUGAUUUGGGAGUAAACAGCGGUGAAGAACUUCAGCUCACUACCACAAUCACCCAUGUGGAUGGUCCAACAGAAGUUUACAAACUGGCUCGCAAGGAAGCCCAGGAGUAACUGCUAAAGCACUACAGACUCAAACUGUGGAUAGGAGUUGUGAAUGAUGAUGGUCCUUUCUUGCAAGGAUAGGUCUGUUGUCAUCCCCAGAAUAUCCAGCACUGACUGUGCAUUUUCACAGAAAGAGAGCAGUCUAGAAAAAACAGAUGGAAAUGCUCAUUGCUAAUGGUGUAUCUUUCUUUGGGGAGGGGCUUGCAUAAGAUCUGAACUCAUUUCAUGACACUCCUGGUUUUGCCUCACUUAUUAACUCCAGAAGAGAGAGAGGGAGAGAGAAUUAGAGAAAGGAUAGGUACCCAUUUCCAUGUAUGACCUCUGGGUCAGUCUCUCAUUUUUAGCACAUUUGCUGCUCCUGCUGCUAUGGAUAUUCUUGAGAAACAAGUCUAAAUACUUCACAUGCUUCCUAAGUCAAGGUUUUAUUCCAUAGUCCUAAUGUCUACAUUUAGAACAUUUUUUUUUGUUUUUUACGUGGCAAGUAGCCAGUUCAAUUAAUAUUUACAUAGUUAAGUAAACAUAAUGAUUACUUCUUUUCUAGUCUAGUGUAACACUGCUUUUUGUAAACUUUUGGUACAAAAAGGGCAUUUCAGCUUUAAAGUUGAACUGUAUGUAUGUAUGUGUGUGAGUGUGUGUCCUGAACACUAACAAGUCUUUCUGAUAUUAAAUAUCUUUUUAUAUACUCU